GUCCAGCAGCUCGACAUGGAGGCCCAGCGCUCGUCGCCUCUGCCAUUCCCCAGCGUCCUGCCCGAAGAGAGCCGCAGGCAGGCCCCCGCCGGACCCCCCCGGGAAGCUCUGUUCCAGUCCUGUGUUCUUCCCCCCAAAGAAAUCCCUUCUUUGUCCCCCUCGGUCCCCCGACAAGGCUCUCGGCCCCUCACUCCCAAGCAAGAGACCUCCGGCCGGAUGCCGCCCGCCCUCCAGAAGGGACCCUCACUCCUGUACUCUGCCGCCUCUGAGCCGGAGAUGCCGCUCCAGGGCCCCCUGGCUUCCCAGGAAGAGACCCCGUAUCCGGCCCCAGCUGCUGCUGAGCGAGACAUGCCACUGCUCUCUCACUCCGCCCGCCACCAAGAAGCCCCACUCCACUCCCCCGAAGUUCCCGAGAAAGACCCCCUCACCCUGUCCCCCACGGUCCCCGAGGCCGACAUGGACCCCCUGCUCCAGAGCCCCGUUUCCCAGAAGGAGACCCCCUUCCACGUCUCUUCCGCAGCCCAGAAGGACACGCCCCUCCCGACGGCCGAGAUCACCCGCCUGGCCGUGUGGGCUGCCGUCCAGGCCGUGGAGAGGAAGCUGGAGGCCCAGGCCAUGCGGCUGCUGACGCUGGAGGGGCGGACGGGGACGAACGAGAAGAAGAUCGCCGACUGCGAGAAGACGGCCGUGGAGUUUGCGAACCACCUGGAGAGCAAGUGGGUCGUGCUGGGCACGCUGCUGCAGGAGUACGGGCUGCUGCAGAGGCGGCUGGAGAACAUGGAGAACCUGCUGAAAAACAGAAACUUCUGGAUCCUGCGGCUGCCCCCGGGCAGCAAUGGAGAAGUCCCCAAGGUCCCUGUCACCUUCGAUGACGUGGCGGUCCACUUCUCGGAGCAGGAGUGGGGGAACCUGUCUGAGUGGCAGAAGGAGCUGUACAAGAACGUGAUGAGGGGCAACUAUGAGUCCCUGGUCUCCAUGGACUAUGCAAUCUCCAAACCGGACCUGAUGUCGCAGAUGGAGCGCGGGGAGAGGCCGACCAUGCAGGAGCAGGAAGACUCAGAGGAGGGCGAGCCGCCCGCAGACCCCAGUGCCGCCCACGACGGCAUCGUGAUUAAGAUCGAGGUGCAGACCAACGACGAGGGCUCGGAGAGCCUGGAGACGCCGGAGCCCCUGAUGGGCCAGGUGGAAGAGCACGGCUUCCCGGACUCGGAGCUGGGGGACCCGUGCGGGGAGCAGCCCGACCUGGACAUGCAGGAGCCGGAGAACACGCUGGAGGAGUCCACGGAAGGCUCCGGCGAGUUCAGCGAGCUCAAGCAGAUGCUGGUGCAGCAGAGAAACUGCGCAGAGGGGAUCGUGAUCAAGACUGAGGAACAGGAGGAGGAGGAGGAAGAGGAGGAGGAGGACGAGCUGCCGCAGCACUUGCAGGACCUCGGGGAGCUGUCGGGGAGGUACGAGGCCAGUAUGUAUCAGACCCCGCUGCCCGGGGAGCUGUCCCCGGAGGGCGAGGAAAGUCCCCCGCCCCUGCAGCUGGGAAACCCAGCGGUGAAGAGGCUGGCGCCCGUCCCCCACGGCGACCGGCACAUGAGCGACAACCGGGGCUCUUCGAGCCAGCAGCAGCGGAACCGGCGCGGGGAGCGGCCCUUCACCUGCAUGGAGUGCGGCAAGAGCUUCCGGCUGAAGAUCAACCUCAUCAUCCACCAGCGCAACCACAUCAAGGAGGGGCCCUACGAGUGUGCCGAGUGCGAGAUCAGCUUCCGGCACAAGCAGCAGCUCACGCUGCACCAGCGCAUCCACCGCGUCCGCGGAGGCUAUGGGUCACCGGAGCGCGGGCCAAGCUUCACCUCCAAGCACGUGCUCAAGCCGCGCCCCAAGUCUCCCAGCUCGGGCAGCGGCGGCGGCCCCAAGCCCUACAAGUGCCCCGAGUGCGACAGCAGCUUCAGCCACAAGUCAAGUCUGACCAAGCAUCAGAUCACGCACACGGGCGAGCGGCCCUACACGUGCCCCGAGUGCAAGAAGAGCUUCCGCCUGCACAUCAGCCUGGUCAUCCACCAGCGCGUGCACGCCGGCAAGCACGAGGUCUCCUUCAUCUGUAGCCUGUGCGGCAAGAGCUUCAGCCGCCCGUCGCACCUGCUGCGCCACCAGCGGACUCACACGGGCGAGCGGCCUUUCAAGUGCCCCGAGUGCGAGAAGAGCUUCAGCGAGAAGUCCAAGCUCACCAACCACUGCCGGGUGCACUCGCGCGAGCGCCCGCACGCCUGCCCCGAGUGCGGCAAAAGCUUCAUCCGCAAGCAUCACCUGCUGGAGCACCGGCGCAUCCACACGGGCGAGCGGCCCUACCACUGCGCCGAGUGCGGCAAGCGCUUCACGCAGAAGCACCACCUGCUGGAGCACCAGCGCGCGCACACCGGCGAGCGGCCCUACCCCUGCACGCACUGCGCCAAGUGCUUCCGUUACAAGCAGUCGCUUAAGUACCACCUGCGGACCCACACGGGCGAGUGAGCGCGCCCUGCUGCCGCCCGGCCUGGCAGCCUCGACGCCCGAGCCCAGCCGGCGGGGCGCCCCCCCAGCCCCUUUGCUGUGAGCCCCCCCUCCUUUUGUCCCUCCUUCCAAGGACACAGGGGUCCUGAGACCAGGUCGCUUGCUGCCUUGUUUACCCGGGGCCCCAGGGGGGAGAGCGUUGCCCUGGGGAACCCCUUCGGGCUGUUAAUUUCCUUGACAAUAAAACGGAUGAAACCAAUCAGCACGGGGGGCGUGAUUUGGCCGGCCACGCGGAGGGGCGGUGCAGGGCCACUUAGUUGGGUAUAGAACUUUAUAAUUACCUUUUGGAUACUGUGGUUCUAUUUGAUAAUAAUAGAGUAAUUUUUAAAAGA